CUAAUUCGAUUGCAUGAAGUAAUCGAUUAAACGAUUAAAACGAGAGCUAGUAAAAACAGCAUCUAGUUUUCGUGAAAAAUAUACCCGAAAUCGUAACUAAUUCGUUAAAUAUUUUCAAUAAAAUUUGUUUUUGUGCUGUGAUGCCCUGCUUGCGCCGAAAUAAAAUAGGAUUAUUACCGUGAAGACUGCGCGUUGUCCAAACAAAUCGGUUCUUCAAUAUGGCCGCUGAACAUUUCAGUGUUUAUUGCUGGAAUGUUAACGAUGGGAAUUUCCAUAGUAUUAAUUUGGAGAAAUCUAACGUAUUGCGGUUAACUUAUUCUAACAGUUUACGCAAUUAAUCCUAUCAUUAUGUGGUAAUCCGUUCUUUGUAAAAGUGAUUGUGAUAAAACAGUAAUAAUAAAAACAGUCAAGUGAUAGUGGUGAAUAAAAGUGCAUGGUAUUUUCGUAUUAAAGACAAAAGUUCAGUGUUCUUACUCGCAAUGUCACAAUAUGAGCGGUUGCGAUGAUUUUGGCUCGCCCCACAAAUUCGAUCCUGCCUUACAACUCAUGGGUGUGGAACGCACGAGCGUCCCGGCGGGAGGGGGUGGAGGCGGCGGGGGCGCGGCGGCGGCGGCGGCGCUCAACGGCGCCGCCGAGGAGCCGCCCCGCAAGCGCCCCAAGCUCGCCGCCGACGACGCGUCCGCGCUGCGCCGCCGCAUCCUCGAGGCCGAUGUACUGCGGCUGAGGAACAUACGCGACAGAUUCACGGAGCAGCUGACCGAGCUGUACUUCCUGCAGGCGGGGGGCAACAUGAUGGACUAUGCUGCGUGGCGGAAAAGACCGCCGUCGGCGGCAUUGGUCGCGUUCAUCGAGGCGCGGCGACCCCCUGCGGUGACGGUGGCGGUGGCGGCGCCGGCGGCCGCGCCCGCGCCCGCGCCCGCGCCGGCCGACGAGAUGGUGGAGAAGGCGAAGCAGGAGGCGUACGUGGCGUCGCGCGUGGCGGAGCUGUCGCGCGCGGGGCUGUGGCCGGAGCGCCGCCUGCCGCGCGUCAUGGAGCCGCCGCGCGCCAAGACGCACUGGGAUUAUCUGCUCGAGGAGAUGGCUUGGCUCGCGCAAGACUUCGCCCACGAACGCAAAUGGAAAAAACAGGCCGCCAAGAAGUGUGCUCGUGCCGUACAAAAAUACUUUCAAGAUAAAGCCCUGGCGGCACAGAAAGCAGAAAAAGCACAAGAGUUACAACUGAAGAAAAUAGCUGCCUUUGCUGCAAAAGAAAUUAGAACUUUCUGGUCAAAUGUGGAAAAGAUUGUAGAAUGGAAACGCGUACGUCGCGUGGAGCGCGCCCGCAAAGAGGCUCUCGACGAACAGCUGAGCUACAUCGUGGACCGAACGGAGCGCUACUCGCGCCAGCUCGCCGCCAACCUCGCGCCCGCGCAGCCCGACACGCCGCCCUCCGACGACGAGUUCCAGCCGCGCGGCGCCUCCGACGACGACGAGGAGACCAUCGCCGCCGCCGAGCGCGAGGCCGGCGCCGACGCCGCCGACCACCGCGACGAGCUCGAGGCGCUGCGCCGCGAGUCGCGCCUCGACCUCGGCGACCUGCUGCCGCCCGGCUACCUGCCCGCGCACUCGCCGCCGCCCUCCGACUACGGGCCCGACGACGACGACUCCGCCGACGACGAGGAGACCAUCGACGAGCAGGAGCGCGCCGAGCGCCCCGAGGACGACGCCGCCGAGCUCGAGGCGCUGCGCUCCGAGGCCGAGCUCGGGCUGGACGAGCUCGUGCGGCGCUACGGAGCCGCGCCCGCCGGCCCGCGCUCCGCCACGCCCACCGACAGCGACGACGACUCCGCGCCCUCGGACGACGACGCGUCCAGCGCGUCGGACGCGUCGGGCGCGUCGGCCGCGUCCCAGGCGCUGGAGGCGCUGGUGGAGGAGGCGGGCGGCGAGCGGCGCGUGGAGGCGGCGGCGUCGCUGGCGGCCGCGCUGCAGCCCACGGGCACGACGCUGUCGUCCACGGCCGUGGGCACGCCGGUGCCGCGCCUGCUGCGCCACGCGCUGCGCGAGUACCAGCACGUGGGGCUGCACUGGCUGGCCACCAUGCACGCGCGCGGCCUCAACGGCAUCCUGGCCGACGAGAUGGGGCUGGGCAAGACCAUCCAGACCAUCGCGCUGCUGGCGCACCUGGCGCUGGAGCGCCGCGACUGGGGCCCGCACCUGGUGGUGGCGCCCACCUCCGUCGUGCUCAACUGGGAGAUGGAGUUCAAGAAGUGGUGCCCCGCGUUCAAGAUCCUCACCUACUACGGCACGAUCAAGGAGCGCAAGUUGAAGCGCGUCGGGUGGACCAAGGCCAAUUCGUUUCACGUGUGCAUCACGUCGUACAAGCUCGUGGUGCAGGACCACCAGAGCUUCAGAAGGAAAAGGUGGAAAUAUUUAAUACUCGACGAGGCGCAGAACAUCAAAAACUUUAAAUCGCAGAGGUGGCAGAUGCUGCUCAACUUCCAGACCGAGAGGCGGCUGCUGCUGACGGGCACGCCGCUGCAGAACAGCCUGCUGGAGCUGUGGUCGCUGAUGCACUUCCUCAUGCCCGACGUGUUCGCGUCGCACUCGGAGUUCCGCGAGUGGUUCAGCGAGGUGGCCGGCAUCGCCGAGGGCUCGCACCGCUACAACGAGGCGCUCGUGCGCCGCCUGCACGAGGUGCUGCGGCCCUUCCUGCUGCGGCGGCUGAAGGCGGACGUGGAGCGCCAGAUGCCGCGCAAGUACGAGCACGUGCUCAUGUGCCGCCUCUCCAAGCGCCAGCGCUUCCUCUACGACGACUUCAUGUCGCGCGCCAAGACCAAGGAGAGCCUCGCGUCCGGCAACCUGCUGAGCGUGAUCAACGUGCUGAUGCAGCUGCGCAAGGUGUGCAACCACCCCGACCUGUUCGAGGCGCGGCCCGUCGUGUCGCCGCUGCAGCUGGCGGCGCUGCGCCUGCUCGCGCCCGCCGCCGUGUUCGACGUCGGCUGCGCCGCGCGCCUCGCCGCCGCCGCGCGCCUCGGCGGCGACCUCGCCUCGCUCGAGGUGGCGGGCACGAUGGCGUUCCCGGCGCACCGCGCGCGGCACCUGGCGCCGCCGCGCCGCCUGGUGGAGGAGCUGGGCUCGCGCGCGCCGUGGCGGCGGAGCGCGCGCGUGGCGGCCGGGCUGGCGGGCCCGGCGCGCGCGCUGCUGGCGUUGCUGCACGCGCCCGCCUCGCGCCACGCCGUCGCCUUCCCGCACCCGCGCCUGCUGCAGUACGACUGCGGCAAGCUGCAGACGCUGGCCGGGCUGCUGCGCGAGCUGAAGGCGGGCGGGCACCGCGUGCUGAUCUUCACGCAGAUGACGCGCGUGCUGGACGUGCUGGAGGCGUUCCUGAGCAUGCACGGGCACGCCUACCUGCGCCUGGACGGCUCCACGCGCGUGGAGGCGCGCCAGCCGCUGGUGGAGCGCUUCAACGCCGACGCGCGCGUGUUCGCCUUCAUCCUGUCCACGCGCUCGGGCGGCGUGGGGCUCAACCUCACGGGCGCCGACUCCGUCGUGUUCUACGACUCGGACUGGAACCCCACCAUGGACGCGCAGGCGCAGGACCGCUGCCACCGCAUCGGCCAGACGCGCGACGUGCACGUGUUCCGCCUCGUCACGGCCGCCACGGUGGAGGAGAACAUCCUGCGCAAGGCCGACCAGAAGCGCGUGCUCGGCCACCUCGCCAUCGAGGGCGGCCACUUCACCACCUCCUACCUCCGGGGCAACAUUAAAGAGCUAUUCGGCGGCGAAUCCGAGAGCGGCGCCCCGAGCGAGCCCGUCCCCGAAGCGGCGCCCGGCGCGCCCGCGGGCGGCGAGCUGGAGUCGGCGCUGGCGGCGGCGGAGGACGAGGCGGACGCGGCGGCGGCGGCGGCGGCGCGCGCCGAGGCGCAGGGCGAGCUGGCCGAGUUCGACGAGACGCUGCCGCUGGCCGCCGACGACGAGCCCGCGCCGCCGCCCGCCGACGCCGACGCCUCCGCGCUCGCCGCGCUCAUGAACCAGCUCACGCCGGUUGAGAAAUACGCGAUGCGACUGGUGGAGAGCAGCGAGGCCGCGACGGAGGCGGAGCGAGCGGCGCUCGGCGAGAUGCAGCGCCAGCUGCGCGAGUGGGAGGCGGCGCGCCGGCAGCUGCGCGAGCGCUCGCCGCCGCCCGCGCCCGCGCCGCCGCCCGCGCUCCCGCCCGCGCCGCCGCCGCCCAGCCCGCCGCCCAGCCCGCCGGCGCCCGCGCGCACGCGCUCGCGCGGCACCGUGCACAUCAACCUGUGGACGCUGGACGAGGCGGGCGGCGAGCGGCGGCGCGCGCUGCGCAACGGCACGCUGGACGCGUGGCUGUCCCACGCCGACCGACGACCCCGCGACGAUAAUAAAUGAUUACAACCCGGUCCGUGCGUUUUAUAUUCCUGACGUUCACGUUCGGUGCCGCUCGGUCCUCGUCCGUAAAUGCUUGUCUCGCGCGGGCGCCACGGAGCGGCGAACGUCAGGGAUGUAACGCGCAAGCAUUUACGGUCGAGGUCGGCGCUCCCUCCCUCCCGCUCCCUCGCUCCCGCCCCCGCCCCUCCCGUGGUGCUGUGAUGUUUAAGAUCGCGUUCACAUUAGGCUUCAGUGGCGCGGCAGCGGCGUUUUUAUAAUGUGAAGGCGGGCAUCCGCUAUCAAUUAGUAUGAAAUUAUCGAUAGACCGUCUGUCGCGCUGCUAAAAUCGCCCAAAUGUGAAAGCUCUUAAAAGUAUAAUAAUGCAUAUUAGAAUAUUUUUAAAUUUUUAAACGGAUAGCUAGUAAAACUCAUUGACUGAAACAAAAAAUCAAUCCUAUCGAUCUUUACACAAGGCGUCUUGAUCUCAAACGAAGCGCAUAUAUUAAUUAAUAUUUUCAACUUUCAAUAAUUGCCAUGUUCAAUAUGGUUAAAUGGUCACAAAGGUAAAGAACAGCGUCAAAUAAUUCGUGACACCCAGUGACAAAAAGUUACAA